AUGAUAGACAGGGGCAUCGUCAAGGACACCCUCUGUAAGAACCAUUACCGAGUCUGCCAACCUGUCAUUUGCGACCAUGUCAGACCUACCCCGUGGCGAUUUAGCCCCCUCCCCUAUGCCCCUUACCCAGGACCCCCACCCUGUGCCCAGUGCCCUUACCCACGACCCCUCUCCAGUGACCCUACCCAUUGCCCAUACCCAGGACCCCUACCUAGGACCCCUACCCAUUACCCUCACCCACCUCCCAUCCCCAGGGCCCUCCCCAACUACCCCUACCUAGGACCCCUCCCGCACUACCCCUACCGAGUGCCCCUGCCCACAACCCUCCCCAGCUACCCCACCCAGCUACCCCCGAGCCCCUACUCCAUACCCCAAUGGUCCCCUUACCUGACAGCGACUGGGGCUCCCGGCGGGAAAUAG